AUGUCCUGCUUCCCGCCGUUCCGCACUCUCGAAGGCGAGGUCCUUGACCUUCACGUGUGCUCCUCCAUCGAUGCCAGGGACGCGGUGGCCCUGCUGUACUUCUGCGGCGGGGAUGAAAAAGCCUGCGUGGUGCAGCCCUGCAGCCUCGCCCUCUCUCAGUACCAGAUGCACAUUGGCCCCCUCGGCCGCGAGGCGUGCGUGGAGGUGCCGUACAUGCUCAUCGCCACCUGGGGCAUUGCACGUGCCUCAUCCUCUGCCACCAAAGCGUUUGUGCAGGUGCAGCAGCAGGCAGAGGAGAAGGCACGGACGUCAUCGGGAACGGCAGCGAUUAGUACCACAUUUACUAGUGGUGCGGCAUCACCCGCAAGCCCUUCAGCUACGGCUGCAGUGGCGAUCAUGACGCCACUACUAAGCGCUCCUCCAGCGCACGUGCCACAGCCGGUGCCGCUGCCAUCGCGGCCGCGAUAUGUAGACCCGCUGCCCACUCUCUACGUGGUCACGCUGCAGACGAAGCACGUCUGGCAGCACCGCCUCAUUGUGCAGUCGGAGCGCCUCCUCAAGAACAUACGAGCGCAUCUCACCGUCGUGCACUGCCUGGCACUCGUCUCUGACCUUCCGGCUUUCCACUACGCCGAGGAGCGGCAGCGGUGGCAGCAGCAGCAGCAGCAGCAGCAGGUCGGCAGCGCGGAAAAAGCCACGGGAAGGGCGGCUAUGUGGAGAACUGAGUUUGGUUGGAACCUCUACUCACCGCGACGCGAGUUCACUCGCCAGCUCUGUGUCGACGCGUCUCGCCCUGCAUCGGAGGUGGCCACCGAGGCGGCCCUACAAGAGGGUCUCAUUGGCCUCCAUCGAGAUCUGCGACCUUGGUUCACUCUGGUGGACCUCCGUGAGGCGGAGAGGAACGUUGGCCGCGGCGAGCACCCUGCAGACUUUAAGUACACGUGCUCUCCAACGUACCCAUGGCUCUUCCUCCAGCCUAAGCUUGUGGAACGUGAGUUACUGCUGAAGGCGAUGGCGGCCCGCUCCCGCGCCCGUGUCCCUGCGGUGUCCUAUGUGUGCCUGCGCACCGGUGCUAUUCUGGCACGCAGCUCACAGCCCCUCAUGCGCUCGUCGCAACUCAGCGCCGACUCGGACGUGUGCUACACUCUCAUUAACAUGGGCUACGCUCCCCACUACACGCGCCCACGGCGCACGGCAGCCCCCGCACUAGCGUCGCCACCGCUUGUCAUCUCGCCUUUGGCAGCAGCACAGGCGACUGCUCGCGGUGGCUCGCCAGCUGCAGCCGCCUCCCUCAAGUCGAGCCCUGUGGUGACUGCCACCACCGCAGUGACAAGACCCGUUCGACCGCCGUCUCUCUUCGAUGAUGACUCGGACGGCGAUGGUCAGCCAACAUGUGCCGCCAGCACGAGUAACGCGUCCUCCACACACAAGCCAGAGAGCAUGAUAACGAACGGCAACCGCCGCACCUCCGUAACGACACCGCCGUCGACAGCACCCAAGUCCUCGCGUACCUCCAUCGUAACGUCGGGGGCUGCAGAUGCGGUGUACCUCGGUGCCUUGUCACUAGCGGAGACCCCGCACAGCCCUGCGCCGAGUACAAGCACGAAUGCGAACGCGGCCAAGGUGCUGCUUGUGGCGGACUGUCGGCCGCAGAUCACAGCCGCCGGCAACGCCCAGCUCGGCGGUGGCUACGAGUCGGGCAGCUACUACACGUUCUGUCAGACCAACUUCUUCGAAAUUGACAACAUCUUCGGUGUGGCGAAGUCCUUCGAAAAGCUUCGCAGCAUGCUGGCCCGCUACCAAGGCAACACGGUGGAGAAGACGUUCCUGCGGCGACUGUACGACUCCGACUGGCUCGCCAUCGUUCAGCGCGUUCUCGUCUGCUCCGUGACUACGGCGCAGUCGCUGCAGAGUGGCGUCUCCUGUCUGGUCCACUGCACCGACGGCUGGGACCGCACGUCGCAGUGCACGGCGCUCGCAAUGCUCCUGCUGGACCCGUACUACCGCACCAUCGUGGGCUUCUGCACACUGAUCGAGAAGGAGUUUUGCUCCUUCGGCCACAAGUUUGCAGAGCGCUCUGGGCACCAGCUGCCGGGCCGCACGACCCUCUUUGCUCAGUCGGGUGUCGCGGGCUCCGACACCGAGCAGCAGCACGGCGGCAGCGGCAGCGGCAGUGCGUCACGUCUGGACACGUCGCCGAUCUUCUUGCAAUUCCUCGAUGCGGUGUUUCAGGUGUGCCGUCAAUACCCGACGUGCUUCGAGUUUACGCCAGAGCUGCUCGCCCACCUGUCUGAGGUCGUCUACAGCUGCCUCUACGGCACUUUCUUAUGUAACGGCGAGCAGGAGCGAUAUCUCGAGGGAGUGCGGCUGCGCACGGCCUCUGUCUGGACAGACGUCCUGCGCCGCGCGCAGCGGGAGAAGCAGGGCGAGGUCCCACUUUGCUUCGUCAACGUCCACUACGACGCGGCAACAGCGUGGCGCUUCAUCUCGCAGCGGCGGCGCGGGCGUGGAGAAGGGGGGGCCGGUGGCGUAGCGCCACUGAGGGACUUUGUGUUGCUACCCAACUGCAGCAGCAAACGCCUCGUGUUUUGGGAGCAGCUGUACACCCGUGAAGACGCAGAUCACUACCUCAGCUACAACCCCCACGUGCACACCGUCAAGACGACGCAGAGGGUCUCGUGGGGGCCCGAGUUUGACGGUUUCCUCAACGCUGAGAUGGAGGAGGCGUGCGCUGAUCGAGAAAGCGAAAUGGAGUCGCUGGUCGCCCUCGAGGGGUUCAUGGAAGCAGAGGCGAAUACCUCAGCGACACCGUUGCCCGCGACGAACACUGCGAGGAGUUCGUGGUGUGUCUUCGACGCUGUUAACUGCUUCAACUGCUACAAGCCCUUUGGCAUGUGGAGCACCAAGGCGCAGUGUGCGGCCUGCAAGCAGUACUUCUGCACAGACUGUCACGUCCACGACUGCAUCCUGCAGCAGUACUGA